AUGAAUCUGUUGUUUUAUCUACUCUUUACUGUCUUUGUGGGAGUUCUAUCGGGAGAGGUUCUCGAUCUUGGGGAUUUGGAACAAUUCUCUCCCAGAACGGAUGUCAAAGCGCCUUCACUCAGUGGAACCACUGUCUGGCUCUCUGGAAAGGAAGGCAAUGGUUACGAUGUGUCUCUCUCAGCCGAGACCCAGUCCAAGAUCCACGGCAUCUUGGAAGCUUGUGGCGAGGUUGACGACAAGUGCUACCAGGAGGUCCGUCAACUGCUUCGCAAUGCGGACCUGCAGAUCGACGGAGAACUUGAGCGUCGCGGCUUUGUGCAGUUCCUGUCCAAGACGUUCAAGAAAGUGGGCUCUGUCUUCUCGUUUAUCGCUGGGGUCCUUAUAUCCAACUGGUCCAUGAAGCAAGAGCAGCCCACAGGCAUGUUCGUGCCCCAUGAGAUCGCAAGCCAGGCCUCCAAAUUGGAGACGACUGGAGUAGUCGUCUCUGCAGACGGCACGGCUGUGGCGACUAUCACAUCAACACCAGAUCCGACAGUACUUCAGGGGUCACAGACUCCUUCCGUCACUCCCGUCACGGAGCCAGAGGGAGAGAGCUCGAGUGGUGAUCUUGUCGCCUUUCUGGAUGAGGACCUUGCAUCACGUAUUGACGAGGUCAUGCACAGAUCUCAAGACUGCGAUGAUGGCCGUGCCUUUGACCGCGGAGACAAGACGAGGAGGAAACGCGCAACUGGCGGUUUUGGCAAAGCCAUCUGCGCGGCGGAGGCAGCGGCAGUCAUGAGUCAAAGGGGGGGCCCGUUCAACGACCUUCUGCUCAUCAAUCCAGCUCAUCUGUCCUUCGACUUUGCCGAGACGGCUGGCGCCGUUGCCCGGGCGGCAAAUGUUGCGUCAGACUUUGUCCGGGCAUACGCGCCAAUGCUGGACAUUAGUCCAAUUCUUGCUGAACAACUAGGGAACCUCCUGUUUGCGUUGGCAGUCAACACAUUGAUCGAGAACAGGCCGGUCAACCAAAAUAAUAGGAUUGAGGCAUCACUGAUCAGGACAGAGGCACCAACGGCUUCGCCGACAAGUUGCCCGGACCCAGAAUCAACCCCACUUCUGUGUGGGUUCGGCAAAGAAACAGAUGACUGCAACGUUAAGCUCCCAGAAACAUUGGAUGACGAACCUACAUGUAAGGAUAGCGAACACCAAGGCUGCGAGUGCAAUGCGCCUUCGGAGAGCAUUGAGAACAUUGCUUCUGACGAGGAGCAAAAGUCGAUGAUUAUCAUCGCAGACCUGUUUGAGUCUAUCGGCCCGCCAAACUCCCCGAAAUGCGAACACGAUAAGCUGAGUGAGAUACCGUCCAACGUCUUUUAUUCGUGGGAGAAUAAGGUCUCCAGCCGCUUCUGCGAACAGUGGGAUGAGAGCACCAAGCUUGAGAUGAUUGUCGAUGCUUCAGGCGAGGACAGGAAGCCCCAGUUCGAGGAGUCGCGUUCCCUCCAACGGCGGACUCCUCCUCCGGAUCCAAGCAACUACUCCAAGUACGACUUUAGGCUGCGCUUCACGCCGGCCGAAGAGAAGAAGAAAUGUGCGAUGGACUGCAACAAGGCGUACUUGACGCUGGCAACAGCUUGCCAGAACAAUGGAGCCGCGGGCGUUCUCAUGGCCAAGAGCGGCAAGGUGGACGUGGACUGUGGGACUUUCGACUAUGCGAUUGAAGAGAAGGUCGUCUACUCGCCAAAGGAGCCCCCCAUGCCUGAUCCCGCCACUCCCGCCAAGACGCCCUUGAAGGUAUUCCCUCGUUUCUGCUUCGCCGCCGACGCGUUCGGUGACCACGGCGACAUCCAACCCAGCAUGGUGCGCGAUUACAGCUCGUAUCCCUGUUACAGGUCGUCUGAGUGGCCCAUCAAGCAAGACGACAAGUCCACGUUCCGACGAUGGGCGACCAUGACGAAUGAUGUGCCUUAUCAAUUCAACAUUUACUGGAAGCACGGUUGCGUGUCGGAAGGACCGGAUGAGGCGUAUUCUACGGACCCGUUCAACAGCGGGAAGCCGGACUACAAGCUUUGCUAUGACACUAUGCGGGACAACUACAGAAAGUGCAACAAUGGCGGUGUGGGCGGGAAUAUCCAGAUUGGAUGCCUGGUCUAUGAGUUCAAGGCGCAGACGGUUCAGUAA